CCACAGGUGCUGAUGGCGACGAUGUCGAUGCAGCUGGGCGGGCUGGUGCUGGCCGUGCUGGGCUGGCUGGGCUCCAUCCUCACCUGCGCGCUGCCCAUGUGGAAGGUGACGGCCUUCAUCGGUUACAACAUCGUGGUGGCCCAGGUCUUCUGGGAAGGGCUGUGGAUGAACUGCGUCUACGAGAGCACAGGGCAGAUGCAGUGCAAGGCGUACGACUCCCUGCUGGACCUCACCUCUGACCUGCAAGCCGCCCGCGCGCUGGUGGUCACCUCCAUCAUCGUGGCCUUCCUCGGCCUCCUCACCGCCAUCUCGGGGGCCGACUGCACGCGCUGCAUGGAGGACAAGAGCUCCAAGGGCCGCGUUUCCAUCGUGGCGGGGGCCAUCUUCGUGCUGGCCGGCAUCGUGCUGCUCAUCCCCGUCUCCUGGUCUGCCAACAGCAUCGUCACCAACUUCUACAACCCCAUGGUGCCCGAGGCCCUCAAGAGAGAGCUGGGGGCUGCCCUGUACAUUGGGUGGGCUUCCAGUGCCCUGCAGCUGCUGGGUGGGGGCAUCCUGUGCUGCUCGGGGCCACCUGUGGAGCGGGACCACUACCCCAAGUCAUACCGUGCAGUGAAGGGCUGCGGCCCCAUGGGCUACCCCAUGAAGGACUACGUGUGAGCUGCCCCAGCCAGGCACCAGCCCUUUGGCACAGCACCACGGUCUCCAUCCCCCUCAUCCCACAUCCCCUGCCCG